CGCUCCCCGCUCGCCGGGCGGCGCUCCCGGCAUGCACCGCGCGGGGCCGGGCCCGGAGCUGCCAAGAUGGCGGACCUGGAGGAGCGGGUGUCGGAUGAGGAGAAGGUGCGUAUAGCUGCAAAAUUCAUCACUCAUGCACCCCCUGGGGAGUUCAAUGAAGUAUUCAAUGAUGUCCGGUUACUGCUCAACAAUGACAAUCUUCUCAGGGAAGGAGCAGCACAUGCAUUUGCACAGUACAACAUGGAUCAGUUCACUCCAGUGAAGAUAGAAGGGUACGAGGAUCAGGUCUUAAUCACAGAACAUGGUGAUCUGGGCAAUGGCAGAUUUUUAGACCCAAGAAACAAACUUUCUUUUAAGUUUGAUCAUUUAAGGAAAGAAGCAAGUGACCCCCAGCCUGAGGACACGGAGUCGGGUUUAAAGCAGUGGAGAGAUGCCUGUGACAGUGCCCUGAGAGCCUACGUGAAAGAUCAUUAUCCCAACGGCUUCUGUACUGUUUAUGGUAAAUCUAUAGAUGGGCAGCAGACAAUUAUUGCCUGUAUUGAGAGCCACCAGUUCCAGCCCAAAAACUUCUGGAACGGGCGCUGGAGAUCAGAAUGGAAGUUCACCAUCACACCACCAACAGCUCAAGUGGCUGCAGUGCUCAAAAUCCAGGUCCAUUACUAUGAAGAUGGCAAUGUCCAGCUGGUUAGUCAUAAAGACAUCCAGGACUCUGUACAGGUGUCAAGUGAUGUCCAGACUGCUAAGGAGUUUAUUAAGAUAAUAGAAAACGCAGAAAAUGAGUACCAGACAGCAAUCAGUGAGAACUACCAGACCAUGUCAGACACCACUUUCAAAGCCUUACGCCGGCAGCUGCCCGUCACCCGCACCAAGAUCGACUGGAACAAAAUCCUCAGCUACAAGAUUGGCAAGGAAAUGCAGAAUGCCUAAGGCAGGGGCAGAGAGGUUCUGUGAAAUGGUGGUGUGUGCAAAAAAAAACCAACCAAACAAAACAAAAAACAAAACGAACGUGGUCCUAUGCCAAGUAGGUGGUUCCUAAACCAGAGCAGCAUUUUUUUAGGGCUUUCAAAGUUAACAGGUUUUCUAGCCUCAGAGGGAACUGUGGAACAAAUAGCGUUGUCUUUGUGUUUUGUGUUUCCUGCCACGUAAACUUCCUGUUGUAAUGCAUUUAAUAGGUCAUUUUAAUUCAGCCAGUCGUGGCUCCGAGGUAUCGCUGUUUUCAAUCACUGGUUGGAAAACUUCCUAGCUGGAAAAGCCCUAUUGUAACCCCCAGAGGAGGGUGCAGAGCAUUCCCUUCACCUGUAUUACACCACUCCAGGUACUCCAGUGAGUCUGUCAAACCUGCCAACAGCUCACAAACGCUGCAAGACACAGUAAAUGCAAGACAGUGAGUCCUUGUGUAUCCUUAUUCCCAACCUCCACGAAGCAGAAGGCCUGCAGGCUUAGAUUUUACUGUAUAAAAUAAGUUUACAGGAUCCUUUACAGAACUCCCUACUCACCCAGCUCUUCCAGGGAUGUAUUUUUUUUUUGUUUGUUUUUUACUCUGAAAAUCCAUGUUCCCUAAAAGUGAACAUCUCUGCUCUCCCCUCUCUCGUGUCCUUACGGUUACCAAACAUCUGCAUUUUUACAGAACAAGUUCCUGUGUUCACUCUGCUGGUCCAAAAGGGCUGGGUAGUGAUUAAAAAUGCAAAUGUCUACAGAAUAAUAGGUAUGUUGUGCUUUAAUGCUUUGUGGCAGGUUCAUAGAUUUGUAUCACAGGUGUAUGGAUGGAUAGUGUACAAAAUAAAUAAACUUGCACCAAAGUGAGAGAAAAAAAAUCCUUUCCCUUUUGUCUCAGUUGUGGCCAGUUUCUUAUCAUACUUAGGUGGGAUUUUGGAAUGAAUCUCUUCUAGAUGCUUGCUAUGUGUUACUGUUUGGGUUUUUUCCCUGUAACAUCAAGACUAGCAGUCCUACAAGUUUGUCCAAAGGGGAGGUUGAAGAGACACAUGCCUUUCUCAGAGCUCAGAACAUGGAUUCACUGCAAAAAUUAACCCCCUUGGGUGAAUUCCCUUUGCUUUUGUUUGCACUUUGUUAUCGCUGGGCCGCCUUGCAGGUCCUGGUUUUUAAACUGGCUCAUGUCUUCCUGUUUUUAAAUACACAGAGGAAGGGGUUGGGAAGAGAGGGAUGGGGCUGCCUGUGCAUCACACCUCAGGUUUUGCACAGUAAUACCACAAAAUAAGUGUGUCUAUCCUUUGUGAGUUUUGUCUAAAUGAAAUAUAUUUGUAUUUGCUGUUGAGACUGACCAUUCAUCCCUCAGGCAUCCUCUGUAUCAACUAGUCUAGUGCAAAUACACUGGUCUUUGUUUAAA